CGGUCCGCCGUGCCCGCAUCGGACUUUCAGUUCGCAGGCUGACGCGAGAAAAUCAACUUGUGUCACGGCAACUGGGACAGUAUCACCUAUGAAAAAUGAAUUUGGAAAAGUUGUUUGUGGUGAUCCUGUGUCUGUGCUUGGUUGAAAGUUCAAUUUGUGCCACUGUCAUCUCAAAAGAUGAUCAGGAUUUAUAUGAGCUAUCUAUCAUACAUCUGAAUGAUUUUCACGCCAGAUUUGAAGAGAUAACACCUCAAUCAACAGCUUGUAAUAAUAAAGAAGAAUGUAUCGGUGGAAUAGCGCGUGUCUAUACCGAAGUAAAGCGUCUGCAAAAUGAAAGGACAAAUCCAAUUUUCUUGAACGCAGGCGACAAUUUUCAGGGCACUCUUUGGUACAACAUACAUCGAUGGAAUGUCACGCAGUACUUUUUAAAUAAAUUUAAGACUGAUGCUGUGACAUUGGGUAAUCAUGAAUUUGACCAUAAGAUUGAAGGUGUGGUUCCAUUCAUGGGUUCCAUCGAAGCACCUAUCGUAGUGUGCAACAUUGAUGACUCACAAGAACCAACAUUUCAGGGCAAAUACAAAAAGAGCAUUGUUUUAGAGCGCCAUGGAAGAAAAAUUGGAGUUAUUGGUGUCAUUCUUGCCACCACUAAUGAAAUAGCCGCCACUGGAAAGUUGAGCUUUUUAGACGAACCGUCGAGCGUGGCCCGCGAAGCUGAGCGCCUAGUCCGCGAUGAAGGCGUUAAUAUUGUGAUUGUGUUGUCUCAUUGUGGUUUGGACGUGGACAAGCGCAUCGCCGCAGAAGGUGGCCCGAAUAUCGACAUCAUUGUGGGAGGACAUUCCCAUACUUUCAUGUUUACUGGACCUAAUCCUCCUGGCCCCGACAAGCCACUCGACGAUUAUCCCGCCGUCGUAGAAAAUAAUGGACAUAAGGUAUUAAUAGUACAAGCAUCUGCAUUCACAAAAUAUUUAGGAGAUAUCGUGGUCUGGUUCGAUGCUGAUGGACAUGUGCAGAAAUGGAAGGGAGAGCCAAUUUAUGUGAAGAAUAGCAUUGUUCCAGACCCAACUAUUUUGGAUGAACUAAAGCCUUGGGCAGAAUCUGUACAUGAAGCAGGAUCAGAAUUGUUAGGAGUCACCAGGGUUCCCUUAAAAAGAGAUAUUUGUGGAAUCGGUGAAUGCAACAUUGGAAGCUUUGUAACAGAUGCUUACGUCCAUGGUGUACUAGUUUCUGAUGAUUUUCCCGCGGAAAACGGCACCUGGACUUACGCAGCGAUUUCUUUCAUUAACGCAGGUGGAAUUCGUGCCGACAUUCCAGCAGGGAAUAUCACAUACAAUGAUUUAGUAACCGCACAACCAUUCGAAAACACUCUUGAUACCAUGGAAUUGCAGGGUAAACAUUUGAUGGAAGCAAUUGAACACGCCGUUUCUGUGUCAUGGUCAGAUAAAGAAUUUGUGGCUAGACAUAUGCUUCAAGUUUCUGGUUUACGCGUUGUUUAUAAUAUUACUCUUCCCGUUGGACAAAGAACGCUAUCGCUUGAGGCUCUAUGCAGACGCUGUAGGGUGCCAAAAUUCAAACCCGUUCAGGAAGACGAAUGGUACAGAAUGGUCGUGCCAAGUUUUAUAGGAAAUGGAGGAGAUGGUUUUACCAUGAUAUCUAAAAACAGACGUAGACUACGAGUUGGUGAACUAGAUCAAGAUGCUUUGAAGCGUUAUAUUAGGCACCAGACUCCGAUUACACAAGGUUUAGAUGGUAGAAUAAUAAUGUACCGAUCAUAGAUAUAACUUUUAUUCUAAAUUUAAAUAUUUAGAUUAGACUCUGUGCAUUCAAAUCAACAAUCAAUCAAAGUAUUAAUUAUUGAAUCAACUUUUUUUUUCUUAUGUCAUCAUAUGAUUUACAGCUGUCAGAUAGACAUCAAUUG